AUGGCAGAAGGAAAAGCAGUUGGUAUUGAUUUGGGAACCACAUACUCUUGUGUUGGUGUUUGGCAAAAUGACAGAGUUGAAAUUAUUGCUAACGACCAAGGCAACCGUACAACACCUUCAUAUGUUGCCUUUACUGACACUGAACGUUUAAUUGGUGAUGCCGCAAAAAAUCAAGUUGCUAUGAAUCCACACAAUACUGUAUUCGAUGCUAAACGUCUUAUUGGUCGUCGUUUUAAUGAUCAAGAAGUCCAAUCUGACAUGAAGCACUGGCCAUUCAAAGUUGUUGAUAAAAAUACCAAACCAUAUAUUCAGAUUGAAUAUAAAGGUGAAGCUAAACAAUUUACUCCAGAAGAAAUUUCGUCGAUGGUAUUAACAAAAAUGAGGGAAACCGCCGAAGCUUUUCUUGGUACAAAAGUAGCAAAUGCAGUCGUUACAGUACCUGCCUAUUUCAAUGAUUCUCAACGUCAAGCAACAAAAGAUGCAGGUAUGAUUUCUGGGUUGAAUGUGCUUCGUAUCAUCAAUGAACCAACAGCCGCUGCUAUUGCAUAUGGCUUGGAUAAGAAAACAAAAGGAGAACGUAAUGUGUUGAUUUUCGAUUUGGGUGGUGGUACCUUUGAUGUUUCAUUGUUAACAAUCGAAGAUGGUAUUUUUGAAGUCAAGGCCACUGCUGGUGAUACCCAUCUUGGUGGUGAAGAUUUUGAUAAUCGUUUAGUAAAUCAUUUUGUUCAAGAAUUCAAACGUAAAUUCAAAAAAGAUCUUACCACAAAUGCUAGAGCACUUCGUCGUCUCAGGACAGCUUGUGAACGUGCAAAACGUACACUUUCAGCAUCAGCACAAACAUCUAUUGAGAUUGAUUCGCUUUUUGAAGGAAUUGAUUUCUACACAUCUAUAACUCGUGCCAGGUUUGAAGAAUUGAAUCAAGAUUUGUUCCGUUCCACUAUGGACCCAGUCGAAAAGGUGCUUCGUGAUUCAAAAAUUGAUAAAGCUCAAGUACAUGAGAUUGUGUUGGUUGGUGGAUCUACUCGUAUUCCAAAAAUUCAAAAACUGGUAUCAGACUUUUUCAAUGGCAAAGAACCCAACAAGUCCAUAAAUCCUGAUGAAGCUGUUGCAUAUGGUGCAGCUGUGCAAGCAGCUAUUUUGACUGGUGACACAUCCGAGAAAACACAAGAUCUUCUUUUACUCGAUGUUGCACCACUUUCACUUGGUAUCGAGACAGCUGGUGGUGUGAUGACGCCUCUUAUCAAACGUAAUACCACCAUUCCAACCAAAAAAUCAGAAAUAUUUUCUACCUAUGCUGAUAAUCAACCUGGAGUGCUUAUUCAAGUGUAUGAAGGUGAACGUACUCGUACCAAAGAUAACAAUAUAUUGGGCAAAUUCGAAUUAACUGGUAUUCCACCAGCUCCACGUGGUAUACCUCAAAUUGAAGUCACUUUUGAUAUCGAUGCUAAUGGAAUUCUUAAUGUAUCUGCAGCUGAUAAAACUACUGGUAGAUCUAAUAAGAUCACAAUUACUAAUGAUAAAGGAAGAUUAUCAAAAGAAGAAAUUGAAAAAAUGGUUUCGGAUGCUGAGAAAUACCGUGAAGAAGACGAAAAAGUAGCUCAAAAAAUAACAGCACGUAAUGGAUUAGAAAGUUAUGCAUACAAUUUGCGUAACACGCUUCAGGAUGAAAAAAUUGCAGGCAAGCUUGAUCCAGAUGAUAAAAAGAAACUCGAAGAUGCAAUUCAAGAAUCAAUUACAUGGCUUGAUAACAAUCAAGAAGCAGAAAAAGAUGAAUACGAACAUAAACAGAAAUCGCUUGAAGAAAUUGCUAACCCAAUAAUGAUGAAACUUUAUGGUUCUGGUGGUGCUCCAGGCGGUGGAUUCCCAGCUGGUAGUGCUCCAGGUGGUUUUCCAGAUGCUACUGAUACUGCAGCUGGCGAUGAUUCUGGACCUACUAUUGAAGAAGUUGAUUAA